CUUCGAAGAACAAAUUCUCACUGUACUUCCCUUAACGCCAUUGCAGUACCAGCAAAUUCUUCUGUAGAUCAACAUUUUUGAUAUUCUUCUCCGUUAUGCUAAGAUGAGCUGGAGAAUGAGUUUUCGUUGUUUAGCUAGACAAUACAAGUGCAGAUCAUCGGAAAGUUUGGGGACAAAUGAGCAUUGGAAUGGGAUGUUUGUUGUUAAAAACAGUUCUUCUGUCCAAUCACAGUUACAAAGAAGAUACCUAUCGUCUUCGCUUAAUCAAACUGGAAAUCUUUCUAGAGAAUUGACCUUUGAAGGAAAUAUGCUAGGGAGGGAUAAGCUGCCUGGAUUUGUUACUGGCAUUGCCCAAGGGGCAGGACCAGGUGCAAUUGUUGUAUCUCGACAGUAUGGGAAGAGGUCGGGAGAUGGUCCUGAUUUGAACAGGGAUUUUUUUGUGCAGCUUUGGCUUGCUGACAAAAAGAAACAAAGAUCUGGAAGAAAACAAAAAAGAAAAUUGAGAAAUACUGUAGACCAGAGAGGAACAACAGGUUUUGACACAUUUUUCCAAGUUCGGUUUAGAAAAAUGUUCUCAGGUGCCUCCAUUCCAGAAGAUACACCUCACAAGAAAGUCAAGCCAGUUCUCAAGCAACCACCUAUAAGCCAAUCUGUGACAGGUAUUUUGGAGCCAACAUCAGUUGAGGAGGCCAUGGUUGCACCUCUUCUUGCAAGAUCUAACUUGCUGAUAACAAGAGAUAUUGAGUGGGCUAAUCUUAUGCUUGGUUUUGAGCAAGAAAACAGGUAUGCAGUCAUGGAUGUCUGCUUCCCACAAUCGCCUGUAGGUUUCAUUCGUGAAAAAAGUAAUCUCCUUGCAAGACAGUUUCUUCGUACAAGGCGCCCAUUUGUGGCUUAUGUAACUGACGGCCUUGGCAAUGAGCUCUUUAGGGUUCGGAGGCCCUUUUGGUGGAUCAACAGCUCAAUUUAUGCAGAGAUAAAUGGAGAAGAGGUUGGUGUUGUCCACAGAAGAUGGCAUCUAUGGAGGAGAAUUUAUGAUCUGUACUUGGGGAAUAAGCAGUUUGCUGUUGUUGAAAAUCCUGGCUUUUGGAAUUGGACAUUUACUUUGAAGGACAUCGAUGGGAAGGUGCUGGCUCAGAUAGAUCGUGAUUGGAGAGGUUUUGGUUUUGAGAUAUUCACUGAUGCUGGCCAGUAUGUGAUUCGGUUUGGGAAUGCUGAUUCCAGUAUUUGUCCUGUUACAGGGAUUGAAGAGUUGGAUGUAGCACGUCCAUUAAGCCUAUCAGAAAGAGCAGUAGCUGUUGCACUUGCUAUAUCUCUUGAUAAUGAUUAUUUCUCAAGACAUGGAGGCUGGGGAAUACCGUUAUUUUUAGUCGGUGAAUGAGAUUAAAUGUAAACUUCACCAGAAGAUGUAUAGACCAACAAUGUGGGAGUAAUCAAGACCCUGUUUUCUCAAGAUCUCUACAGUAUUCUUCAUUAUGUUUUAGAUCAUCCUACUGCAAAAAAGUUUCUGCUCAAUCAGGUAUUCACUGGUUCCGCUUUCAAGAAUUUGUCGAUGUAGUUUGUUGGCCUUCUAUACUUCGCUACAUAGCUUAUGAUGAUGAUGAUGAUGGUGUUAGGAUACGUUUUCACGCUGGAGUAAGGUCCCACCCUUUAGUGUUUUGAUGGGCACGUUAUGUGAUAUCGAGACAUUUUAGCUAAAAGCUUUGACUUGCUGUUUACACCCUUGAACUUUAUUGCUUUCUCUACUGAGAAUUGACACGAAAUGUUACGCUAUGCCAGAAUCGGUUUGAAAUGUAUACUGGCUGAAAUUUUUUAGCCCUUCCUGAACAAGUUGGAAUGACACAUUAAAGGUAUCUCGUGUAGCAGCAU